UGGGCGGCGGGCGCGUUCCCGGUAGCGGACGAGCUCGCUCACCGCAGCUGUACCGUGCGCGUCCCCUGGCCGUGCGGAAUGGUGAUGCUGAGAAGGAAGAUGGCGGCGGACUGGAGCUUGGGAAUCCGCUGCAGGCAUUGAAAGAGACCGGGAUAGAUGAAAAGGGAUCCAGGCACAGGUCAACCCUGAAGAAGUCGGAACUGAAAAGCAGCAGUAUAGCUGCUCACAGAGCUGGGACCGAGAUAAAAAAAUAAAAUAACAACCCGCCGCUGAGUCAGAACCGAGAAUAACAACGUAGAAAACGUGAGUGAAUCGCUGUUGCAGCCCCGGGCCGGCUGAGAGAACAAGAGGCGGGGAAAGGAGGUGAGUCUCGCAGUGUCUGUGUCUCCGAGAGGCGAUGAAAGCUGGAGGGCAGACAGGAUCAAGGUGGCUGUGACGUGGCGUGAUAUGGCCAGCUCGUCUGACAGCGAGGAUGACAGCUUCAUUGCCAUGGACACAGAGGAGGCUGUAGAAGGCUCAAUGGAGCAGGACGAGGAGCCACAGCAGCAGCAGCAGCGUCCCCUUGAGGUUGAGCAGCGUCACCACCGCACCAUGGGCGAGCUACCCGAAGAGGUUCUCGAGUACAUCCUGUCCUUCCUGUCCCCCUACCAGGAGCACAAGACCGCAGCGCUCGUCUGCAAGCAGUGGUACCGGCUCAUCAAGGGCGUAGCCCACCAGUGUUACCACGGGUUCAUCAAGGCGGUUCAGGAGGGCAAUAUCCAAUGGGAGAGCCGUACCUACCCCUACCCAGGGACCCCCAUCACCCAGCGCUUCUCUCACAGUGCUUGCUAUUACGAUUCCCAUCAGUCCAUGUACGUGUUUGGGGGGUGCACUCAAAGCAGCUGCAACGCAGCCUUCAAUGACCUCUGGAGACUAGACUUGAACAGCAAGGAGUGGAUCCGCCCUCUGGCAUCAGGCUCAUACCCAUCUCCAAAGGCUGGUGCUACACUGGUUGUGUACAGGGACUUGCUGGUGCUGUUUGGCGGCUGGACUCGGCCCAGUCCCUACCCUCUGCACCAGCCCGAACGCUUCUUUGAUGAAAUUCACACGUACUCCCCAUCUAAGAACUGGUGGAACUGCAUUGUCACCACGCAGGGACCCCCUCCAAUGGCUGGCCACUCCUCUUCCGUCAUCGGGGACAAAAUGAUUGUUUUUGGGGGGUCACUGGGCUCACGGCAGAUGAGCAACGAGGUUUGGGUUCUAGAUCUGGAGCAGUGGGCCUGGUCCAAACCCAACAUCGCCGGCCCGACACCGCACCCACGGGGCGGGCAGUCCCAGAUUGUUAUUGAUGACGAGACCCUGCUGAUCCUGGGAGGCUGCGGAGGCCCUAAUGCACUCCUGAAGGAUGCCUGGCUGCUCCGCAUGCACACAAACCCGUGGACCUGGCAGCAGCUCAAGGUGGAGAACGAGGAGCAUGGCGCCCCUGAGCUGUGGUGCCACCCUGCUUGCAGGGUGGGUCAGUGUGUGGUGGUAUUCAGCCAGGCUCCCAGUGGCCGGGCUCCUCUCAGCCCCAGCAUGAACUCUCGUCCGUCCCCAAUCAGUGCCACGCCUCCUUCUCUGAUGCCCGAGCCACGGGAGUACCGCUCGCACUCACCAGUGAAGGGCGGCGAGGAGGCUCCCUGUGUGAACGGGCGCUGGGGCACACUGCGGUCCAGGGCUCAGAGACACGGCGGGGCCAGGGAGGGCAGCCUGUCCCCAUCCCGGGGGGGUGCAGCAGGAGGCUCGGACAGCCCUCCCGUCCAGAACGGGGGCUCGUCGGCAGGCGAGAGCCCGGGACAGGCAGGUUCGCCAGGCACACCCUCCGGAGCCGAGGGCUACGACUUCCGGACCAGACCUACUCCUGAAACCCGAGACCUGAGGCCAGCAGACUACAGCUGGGACCCCAAAGCGGGCAACCCUGACUCCCCUGAGGCCAAAACCACCACCGCCACGGGACGGGACCCCACCCCAGAGCAGAUCAACGGCACCCACACGCCUCCGAGCCUGGCCACAACACCCCCGGGGGCUGUAUCGCCUGGAGCUCUGAGGCGAGGGUUAGAGGCCGUCAAAGCACUUUCCUCUCAGGCUCCUCCUCCUCCCGCCGUUCCCCCUGCGGCUUCAACCUCCAGCCCCCCCUCUGCAGCCCCCAGCCCCGCACAGGCUGAUGGACACUCCAUCCCACCAAUCGCCCGCAGGCUGGGCCACCACCCGCCCCAGUCACUCAACGUGGGCAAGCCGCUCUACCAGAGCAUGAACUGCAAGCCCAUGCAGAUGUACGUGCUGGAUGUGUCGAGGGUGAAGGAGCGGGGCCAGGUCAGCUGGAAAGUGUUUGGGGGGGGCUCUGUGGUGGGACCCCCCGAGACCAGCCUGCACACCGUUGUGCAGGGCAGAGGCGAGCUCAUCAUCUUCGGAGGGCUUAUGGACAAGAAGCAGAACGUCAAGUACUACCCCAAAACCAACGCCUUGUAUUUCGUCCGCGCCAAGAGAUAAUGCCGGAGUGGAGAACCACAGAAACAACAAACUCCUCUGCAGAGGAUUCUCUGGUUAAAUCCUGCCCUCCCCCUUUUGGUUGAUUCCUCCCUCUCUUUUCAGAGGGAGGUGCAGACUCUAGGACCGCAGGGGGGGCAUAGCUUGUAAGCAGGGGAGCAAGCGGGAAGAGGGGCAAACUUUUUUUUUUUUAUAUAAACGAACACUUUCACAGUGGAUUGUUUACAAAGAGGGUCUGUUGUUUCAUCUGAGUUGGCCGAGGGUGGAAAGGGCAGUGUGUUUGUAAAAUAAAAGGUAAAACGGGAGGGAAAAAAGCUUUUUUGGUUGCGCUUCACAGCCCCUUGCAAUGUAAUUGGCAUUCUGCGCCGUAUAGUUUUCACUUUCCUGGCAUAGCUGCCUUGUAUCUCAGCUGGUAAUAUGACCAAUAAUGAAAAGCAACCCCUCCCUGACAUCCCACCCCACCCAAAACACUCCUCCGAUCAAGCUGAACUUGAAGCUGUUUAGUAUAAGUUAGGGUGGUGUGCUGGCUCUGAACUGAAGGCUUGAGUUUCAAGAGGACCCUGUGAUUCAGUUUGAGUGCCGGGCGCUGGGCUGCAGUGUGGAUAUGGGUUCCAGUUGUUAAGUGUUUAACGUAGUGUAUUUCAGGAGUAGAGUCCUAGGGAUGCAGUGUGGAAGGAGUGAGACUGGAGUAGCUUGGUGAUUAAGGUGUUGGGUCGCUGUACUUCACAGAUGUGCCUGGGAGACAAGAGUGUUGAGGCAUUUCAAAGUUACCCACAGUCCUUUUUAAAGGUUGGUUUUUUAUAAUUUUAAACAAAGUUCUCUUAUCAUUGAGGGCCUUGCCCAAAACCGUACGAAACAGCAAUCUGAUGUUUGUAAUCCUAUUGAAUACAUAGGCAGUGAGUAUGUACAUCCCAACUAUGUGAUCUUAUCACAAUAAUACAAUAAAAAACAACUUUGCCCUU